AUGGCUGAAGACAUAUAUAUGGGACAAAUUCAUGAACGAUGGAGCUACAAUGUGUUCUUAAGUUUCCGUGGAGAAGAUGUGCGGGAGGGGUUUUUAAGUCAUAUAUAUGAGAGUCUAGGAAGGUCUGGGAUAUACACAUUCAGGGACGAUGAUGAACUAAAAAGAGGAGAAAACAUUUCCUCAGCGCUUUUGAAGGCCAUUGAAACCUCCAAAAUUCUCCUUGUCGUUUUAUCCAAGAACUAUGCUUCCUCAGCUUGGUGUCUAGAUGAGCUCGUGCACAUUAUGGAAUGCCGUGAAAGCGACUCUGGACAAAUGGUGUUCCCAGUUUUCUACAACGUUGACCCGAGCCAUGUACGCAGACAAACAGGAUCAUAUGGUGAAUCCUUUGUUAAACACGAAAGCCUUUACCCAGAGAGCAAGUUGCAGAAGUGGAGGGGAGCUUUAACACAAAUUGGGAAUCUGGCUGGGUUUCAAAGUCAUGGUUACAGUAAAGAAGCAGAUUUGAUAGACCAUGUUAUUAGAGAGAUUCUUCGAAAACUGCCUAGUUCAUACUUGCAUUUACCAACAUAUGGUGUUGGUAUUAGAACACGAGUACAACGUAUCUCUGAGCUAAUGUGCUUUGGUUCCGACAAUGUCAAGGUUAUAGGAAUCUGCGGAAUGGGGGGCAUCGGUAAAACAACGCUAGCCAAAGCUGCAUAUAAUGAAUUUUCACAACGUUUUGAAGGAACAAGUUUCCUAGAAAACUUUGGAGAGUACUCUACGAAACCCGAAGGGAAGGUUCAUCUUCAGAGAAAACUUCUUUCGGACAUCUUAAAGACGCACGGCAAAGUAUUCAAUAACAUGGAUCACGAAGUAAGACAAAGAUUCCGCAACAAAAAGGUCUUUGUAGUACUUGAUGAUGUUAAAGAUAUAAAUCAGAUUCAUUCGACGUCAAUAAAUCUAGCCUGCUUUGGGCCAGGAAGCAGGAUUAUAAUUACAUGCAGGAACACGCAUCUGUUAGAGCAGCUCGGGGUAGAAAAUGUUAAUUCACCGGAAGAACUUGAUGGUGAUGAAUCUCUUGAGCUCUUAAGUUGGCAUGCCUUUAGAAGAAGUGCACCUCCUGCAGCAUUUGCACAGCUCUCAGAUAAGUUGGUGAAAUACUGCCAAGGACUACCUUUGGCUGUGGAAGUAUUGGGUGCUUUUCUCUUCAACAGAAACACUUCCGAGUGGAGAAGCACAUUGGAACUUUUGAAACAAACCCCCAAUGCAGACAUUCAAGCAAAACUCCAGAUCAGCUUUGAUGCGCUAGACCCAGAACAGAGAGAAAUGUUUUUGGAUAUUUCUUGCUUCUUUAUUGGCAUGGAUAAACACUAUGUAGGUUACAUAUUGGAUGGAUGCAACUUUUAUCCUGACAUAGGACUCACUGUGCUUAAGGAGAGGUAUCUCAUUACAGUCCGUGAUAACAGGCUAGUGAUGCAUGACUUAUUACGAGACAUGGGAAGAAAUAUCGUCCGAGGAACAUAUUGGAAUAGCUGGGAAAAAUGGAGUAGAUUGUGGGAUCGUGCGCAUGUUAUUGAUGUAUUGGCAACCAAUUCUGGUACUAACGCAAUUGAAGGACUCAGCCUGAAGGCUGAAAUUACGGGUGUUGAGAACUUGGAGGUUAAAGCAUUUUCAAAUUUACGGAAGCUGAGACUGUUACAACUCAGUCAUGUACAGGUCAAGGGAAACUAUGCACAUUUUCCAAGAGGUUUACGAUGGCUUUGCUGGUCUGAGUUUCCUCUUUACUUCAUACCAACAGAACUACAUUUGGGAAGUUUGGUUGUCAUGGACUUGCAGUACAGUAACCUUAAACGACUUUGGGAUGAUCAAAAGCAGCCACAAGAACUGAAAAAGUUAAAAUACCUUGACCUCAGUCAUUCCGUCCAGCUCACGGAGACUCCAGACUUCUCUUAUCUCCCGAAUCUCGAGACGCUGCUCUUGAUAAACUGCAAUAGACUGGUUUUGGUUCACAAUUCGAUAGGAACUCUUGAGAGCACGUUGGUACUUAUAAAUCUGAAAGGUUGCACCGAGCUUUGUGACCUCCCAUUGGAACUCUACACCUUGAAGUCGCUGGAAACUCUCAUUAUUUCAGGCUGCUCGCAACUUGAGAUAUUGAAUGAUGCUUUAGGUGAAUUGGAAUCCUUGACAACUCUUAAAGCCGAUUAUACCGCUAUAAGGCAAAUCCCCUCUUCGAAGACACUGAAAGAGUUAUCUCUUGAUGGCUGCAAAGAGUUGUGGAAAGACAGAGGCUACACCCAUUCUGAUGAAAGCCCUCAACCUGCUCUGUCUACUCCGCCCUCGUUAAAGAAUUUACUCUGCCUGAAGACUUUGCGUUUAGGUUCCUGCAAUCUAUCUGAUGAAUUGGUUCCUUCAAAUCUUGGGAGCCUGCCUUGUCUCGAGGAACUUGAUUUACAAGGAAACAACUUUCGUAAUUUGCAGACGGAUUUUGCUGGUCUCCUAAGUCUUCAGAUCCUCAGAUUGGAUAGUUGCUCACAACUUCAAUCCAUGUUUAGUGUACCAAAAAGGUUAAGAUCUUUCUAUGCCAGAAACUGUAGCAGGUUGGAAAGAACUCCGGACUUAUCAGAAUGCUCGAUGUUGCAAUCGUUGCACCUUACAAACUGUUACAACCUUGUUGACACGCCGGGGCUGGAUAAACUGAAAACGGUUGGACUCAUCCACAUGGAAAUGUGCAACCGCAUAUCAGCUACUUACCGAGAAAGAAUCAUGCAGGGAUGGGCUGUGGGUGCCAAUGGAGGGAUUUUUAUCCCCGGAUCAAGCAUUCCAGAUUGGGUUAGCUUCAAGAAUGAGACGCCUUCAAUCUCUUUUAGGGUUCCUGUUCCUGAAACUCUGAAUCAAGAUCCGGUCGGGUUCACCUUGUGGACACCAUAUGUGAGUCAGGAAGACAAUGAAAUGUCUGGAUACUCUCCAAAGAUUACAGUGAAGAACCAAACGAAAGGAAUUGUGUGGCGUCGCAAUCCUGCAACAGAUCACAUUCGUAUGUACCGUGAGAAACAUAUCUGGCAAGGACACUUUUCAAAUGAAGAUUUCUACUUAGAAACAGGGGAUAACGUGGAAGUUUCUGUGGACUUUGGAGAUCAAGUCACCAUUCUUGAGACAGGGCUAACUCUUGUUUACAGUUACAGGGAACAAAACCCUGAUGCCUCAGACGAACAUACUUCAAAUAUUGGGUAUGAGGUAAUCCCAGAUGUACAGUUGACACGAACAGGGGAGGAAGUUGAUGAUGGACUAAUCACAAAAGAAAGUAGACCUCCCAGGAAAAGGAGAGUGGGUUUGAAGAAACUUAUGAGGCUGUUUUGUCUGUUGGCAUUCAUUAUGUUUUUGUAA